CGGGACCCAGCCCGGAGCUGCGGGAGCGAAGCCGGAUGCACCGGGGGCACCCCCAUCACCCCAAAACCGCCGGGAGCCGCUGGCCGAGCCCCCCCGCCCCGCCGGGACACCGGGACCGCCCGUGGCGGGGGACUGCCACCCUUGGGGGGCUGUGUCACGGCCCCCCCCUCGCUGCUGUCUCUGCUCUCACCCUCCUCUUCCUCCCGGCGCUGCUCUGCCCGGCCCGCAGCCUCCCGUCCCCCCGCGUGUGGCGGGCCCUCCCUUGUGUCCCGAAGCCGCCGCCGGCCCGUGCCAGGUGUGUCACCUUCGAAGACGAGGUGGUGCCACCCCGGGGACCCCCGGGGAGGGCCCGUCCUGCCAGGGAGCAGGAGAAGCGGGGGGACAGGUCUGUCGCCCCCCGACUGUCACCCCGACCACGCGCCGUCCCCGACUAUGUGGUGAGGUACCCGGCGAUCCUGAGCCCCCGGCAGCGGGAGGGGUACAAGGGCGUCUUCCAGGACCAGCUGGCGGAAUAUGUGGAUCUGCACCGGGAGCUCCGUGCCACAUGUCACCCCCCGGGCAGGACGGGCUAUUCCCGGCAGGAUCCAGCCUGGCUGGAGAAGCAGCGGCGCUGUGAGUACCUGAAGAAGAAGCUGACGCACCUCAAGGCGCGGAUCCAGGAGUACAAUCGUGUCACCCAUCCCGGCGCCGGUGGCUCCUGAGCCUGUGCCCGGGCCGGGGGACCCCCCCCCCCCCGAGGCACCCCAGGGGAUGGGGAGGGGGUGGCGAUGCCGCGGGGAUCACCCAGUACCCACCAGGGAUCACCCAGUACCCACCG